GAUGACCAGAGACUGCGGACACAGUACAGGGAUGACCAGAGACUGCGGACACAGUACAGGGAUGACCAGAGACUGCGGACACAGUACAGGAGAUGACCAGAGACUGCGGACAUGGUACAGGAGAUGACCAGAGACUGCGGACACGGUACAGGGAUGACCAGAGACUGCAGACACAGUACAGGGAUGACCAGAGACUGCAGACAGUACAGGGAUGACCAGAGACUGCGGACACAGUACAGGGAUGACCAGAGACUGCGGACAGUACAGGGAUGACCAGAGACUGCGGACAGUACAGGAGAUGACCAGAGACUGCGGAAAG